UUCCGGUGCGGCGGCGGGAGCGGUGGAAGCGGCGCGGGCAUCAUGUCUCAGGAGCGCGCGGCUCCGCUGGAGGAGCUGCGCGGCUGGCCUGAGGCGCAGUGCCGCCGCGAGCUGCCGUCGGUCCUGCCUCGGCUGCUCUCUAUGUAUCAACAUUCUGAGAGUUGGAUUGAACAUGUUGAAAUCCUGAAAAUUAUGGUAGAAAUGUUUUUACCUCAUAUGAACCACCUGACAUUGGAACAGACGUUCUUUUCUCAAGUGUUACCAAAGACUGUAAAGGUAUUUGAUGACAUGAUGUAUGAAUUAACCUGUCAAGCCAGAGGACUGUCAAGCCAAAAUUUAGAAAUCCAGAACACUUUAAGGAAUAUUUUACAGACAAUGGUGCAGGUCUUAGGAGCUCUUACAGGAUGUGUUCAGCAUGUCUGUGCCACACAGGAAUCCGUCAUCCUAGAAAGUAUACAUAGUCUCCCCUCUUCAGUCCUUCAUGUAAUCAAAAGUACUUUUGUACAUUGUAAGAAUAGUGAAGCUGUAUAUUCUGGGUGUUUACACCUUGUUUCAGACCUUCUCCAGGCUCUUUUCAAGGAGGCCUAUUCUCUUCAGAAGCAGUUGAUGGAAUUGCUGGACAUGGUUUGCAUGGACCCUUCAGUAGAUGAGAAUGAUGAUAUUUUGAAUAUGGUAAUAGUUAUUCAUACACUAUUGGAUAUCUGCUCUGUUAUUUCCAGUAUGGACCAAGCAUUCCAUGCCAAUACUUGGAAGUUUAUAAUUAAGCAGAGCCUUAAACACCAGUCAGCUUUGAAGAGCCGGUUGAAACACAAGGAUGUCAUUACUAGCUUGUGUGAAGACAUUCUUUCCUCCUUCCACUCCUGUCUGCAGUUAGCUGAGCAGAUGACUCAGUCAAAUGUGCAGGAUAAUACUGACUACAGAUUAUUCCAGAAAACACUUAAAUUAUGUCGUUUCUUUGCCAACUCCCUUUUGCAUUACACUAAGGAAUUUCUUCCUUUCCUUUCUGAUUCUUGUGGCACAUUGCAUCAGCUUUAUCUUCAGUUACACAGCAAGUUCCCUCCAAGCCUGUAUGCAGCCAGCAUCUCCAAAGCACAGCAGGAAGAAAUAGCUGGGGCUUUCCUGGUGACCUUGGAUACACUGGUGAGUCAGCUGCUCACGGUCCAGCCUUUCGCACAAGCAGUUUUGGACAAUAAAUCAGACUUGCCCUGUGAGCUCCAGCUCCCACAGUGCCUACUCCUGGUGGUUGUCAUGGAGAAGCUGCCCUCUCAGCCUGAAGACGUGCAGGCCCUGUGGUGCACCGAAGGCCAGGUCCCAGAAGCUGCAGCCAGGAGAUCUCUACUCACGGCCAUUUUCCACAGUUUCGAGCAGUGUUCUGGUGAACUCUCUCUACCUGUUCAUUUGCAGGGAGUGCAGAGAAAAGGGAAAGCUGAGGUGGCUGUCACCUUGUACCAGCAUGUUUGUGUUCAUCUGUGUGCCUUCAUUGCUUCCUUUCAUCCCUCGUUGUUUCCUGAGCUGGAUGCUGCUCUGUUGAAUGCUGUGCUUAGUGCUAAUUUGAUCACCUCCUUGUUGGCAAUGGAUGCAUGGUGCUUCCUCGCUCGAUACGGGACUGCAGAGCUCUGUGCAUACCAUGUCACCAUUGUGGCUCAUCUAAUAAAAUCCUGCCCUGGAGAAUGCCAUCAAUUCAUCAACCUGUCAGUGCUGUUGAAGCGCCUCUUUUUCUUCAUGGCCCCUCCCCACCAGGUGGAGUUUGUCCAAAAAUUUCCUCCAAAAGAAGCAGAAAAUGUGCCUGUGUGGCAGUGUAUUUCCUUCCAGGCGUUAUCUACUGACCUGAGGAGACAGGCUGUGCGUGAAGUGGCCACAGUGGGUGUUGCAGAGUGCAAGAAGUGGCUGGGCAGCAAUCACACUCUGGGAGAGCUCAGCUCUUUGAACGCAGUCCUCUCUGCUUUGCUUGCUGUAUGUAAUUCUGCUGGUGAGACUUUGGAUAUUGGGCAACAAACUGCAAUUAUGGAAGUUGGGAGUCAGCUUUGGGCUUUUUUAAACAUUAAACAGGUAAUAGAUCAGCCCUGUGUUCAGCAGACAUUCAGCCUUUUACUCCCUCUGUUGGGAUUUUUCAUUCAGACUCUAGAUCCUCAGCUCAUAAGUCAGGUAGUGACUCUGCAGACCUCCCUGCUUAAAUCGGAGCCUCCUGACCAUGUGCGUUUGGCAAUGUUGGAUUUUGUAUCUUCUCUAGGAAAACUUUUUAUACCUCAAGCUGUCCAGGACAAAAUUCUGCCCAGCUUGUCUUGUAUUCUUGGCUUACUGCUAGCUGACAGGAACUGGCUGCUAGAGCAACAUACCUUGGAGGCUUUUACCCAGUUUGCUGAGGGAACAAAUCAUGAAGAAAUAGUUCCACAGUGUCUAAGUUCUGAAGAAACUAGAAACAAAGUUGUAUCCUUUCUGGAGAAGACUAGGUUUGUGGAGGAAACCGAAGCUGCCAAAGUGGAACGUGUGAAACAGGAAAAAGACAUUUUCUGGGAACCCUUUGCUAACAUGACUGCAGAAGCAGCAAAGGGGUCGUCCUCAGAGCCUUGUGCAAAAAGAGCCCGCCAGGAGGUCCCCCUGGAAGAAGAGCACAGGGAGGCACUGCGAGUAGCAGCAGGGGCCCUGCAGACAACAGAGUCCCUGCUGCAGAAGGCUCCUGCUCCAGCCUGGCUUCUAGUGGAAGUGGAGACACUGCAAGAAAGGAUCGAGAAGGUGAAACGCAUGCUCCAGGGUGAAACUUGACCAUCUGCAUCCUCGGGAGACAGGACCAAGCCUGAUCCUCUCUCAGUUCCCAGGACAUUUUGUAAAUGAAAACACUGAUUUAAUUAUGUUUGUACAUUUUCUAGUACAUAUAAAACAGCUUUUGUAAAGGUGAA